AUGCUUGCUAGGCAAGUUGCUCGAGUUCCACGGGUCUCUGCUCUCGGUCGAGUCGGCCAUUCUUUUGCGUUCGCGUCAAGGCGCUCUAUUUUGUCUGGCGCCUGCAGAGGCAUCCGUCUUGCCAAGUUCUCACCCGCCCCAUGCCGUCGUUUUUUCCAUGCUGGAACCGCUCUUCGUGAGGAGGACACAGCGGAAGAGAUACAGGAAGAGGAGCGCGUUGUGGACGAGGUGGAUGUACUUAUCGUUGGUGGUGGACCUGCUGGUCUUAGUGCUGCCAUUAAGAUAAAGCAACUCGCAGAAGCAAAAGGAGAAGACAUUCGCGUUGUUCUUCUUGAGAAAGGUGCAGAAAUCGGUAACCAUAUUCUCUCAGGCGCAGUGAUUCAGACCAAUGCGCUUGAUGAGCUUAUUCCUGACUGGAAAGAAAAGGGUGCGCCUUUGAACCAACCUGCCCUACACGACAAGAUGGUAUUCUUGACUGAGACGGGAUCGAUCCCUAUGCCUCAUCCUCCGCAAAUGAACAACAAAGGCAAUUACAUUGUGUCGCUUUCGCGCGUUGCGACAUGGCUGGGUGAGCAGGCAGAGGAAGCUGGAGUCGAAAUUUACCCCGGUUUCGCUGGCGCGCAGAUCGUUUGGGACGAAGACGCGAAUGGUAACAAGCGCGGUAUUAGGGGUAUUGUCACCAACGACAUUGGUUUGAAUAAGGAGGGUCAGCCUAAGGACAACUAUGAGCCAGGUAUGGAGUUCCGAGCACCUAUCACUUUGUUUGCAGAGGGCGCCCACGGCUCCCUUUCUCUCAAGAUCAUGAAGGAACUAAAACUUCGUGAGGAAGUCGGGGCUGAUCCUCAGACGUAUGGUAUCGGUAUAAAGGAGGUGUGGCGCGUGAAGCCUGAGAAUCAUGAGGCUGGUCUCGUGGCUCAUACGAUGGGCCAUCCCUUGUCCACCGAUACUUAUGGCGGUUCGUUCAUGUACCAUAUGGAUGACAACAUGGUUUCGCUUGGUCUUGUGGUGGGUCUUGACUACGGCAAUCCCUACCUUAGCCCUUAUCAGGAAUUCCAGCGCAUGAAGCACCACCCUUUCUUUGCCAGGGUACUUGAGGGUGGUCAGUGCCUGGCUUACGGCGCUCGUGCACUCAAUGAAGGUGGAUAUCAAUCCAUCCCUAAGGUUCACUUCCCGGGUGGUGCGCUAGUGGGCUGCUCUGCCGGAUUCCUCAACGUGCCCAAGAUCAAGGGAACGCACAAUGCCAUGAAGAGUGGUAUGCUUGCUGCUGAGGCAGCCGUGGAGGCGCUUGCCCAUCGCAGUGAGAACGACCCAUAUGCUCCUAUCGAUAUCGCAGAGUACAAGAACAAGCUUGACAACAGUUGGAUCAUGAAGGAACUGUAUGAGGUGCGAAACAUUCGUCCCAGUUUCCACGCGUUUGGAUUCCUGGGUGCCCUGAUAUACUCUGGCCUGGAGACCAUGUUCUUGAAGGGUAAGGUUCCUUGGACGCUCCAUCAUGAGAAGGAAGACUAUCAGUACACGAAACCGAAAGACCAAUGCAAGCCCAUCUCCUACCCUAAGCCAGACGGAAAACUCUCGUUUGAUAUCCUGACGUCUGUUUCGCGCACCGGAACGAACCACGCCGAGAACCAGCCCGUACACCUUGUCGUAAAGGAUGGUCACUACAAGGGACACGUCGAGCGUAAUGUGGGCAUCUUUGACGGUCCACUCGGCCGUGUUUGCCCCGCUGCUGUAUAUGAAUAUGUGAACAAGGAGGAUGCCAACGGCCGAGAGGAUGCUUGCGGAAAGAAGCUCGUUAUUAACAGUCAGAACUGCAUUCACUGCAAGACAUGUUCCAUCAAGACGCCUGAUCAGUCUAUUGAAUGGACGGUGCCUGAGGGCGGAGGCGGUCCCAAGUACUCCCUCACGUAG